UGUUUCAGUGUGAUUUUGUAGGAGCAAGGUGAUACAGAAUAGAAGUUAUGUGCCGAUUAAAAUGGUUGAAUAAAAGAAGAAAGAAUAGUAUUUGUAGGAAAAGUUGGUUGGGUAUUGGUGGCCUCCCUCUCUCGUCUCUGUGGCUGUGAUUUACAGCAACAGCAGCAUUGCCCAUGUCUCCUUCAUUCCUUUCCCUCUCUUGUUUCCUCCGCCCCUUCUCAAUAAGAAUAACUAACCUCUUUCUUUCUUUCUCUCUCUUCUCAUUCACACAUAAAUCUCAAUGUCUCUCUCCGUACCAAAGUUGGCUCGGCCUCUUCCUCUCCAUCAUCACAGUUCUUAUGGCAGCCUCACCAUGUCUUUCCACACAUUCACUCCCUUCCUUGGAUCCACUCACAAGCUUCGCUUCAUUUCCCCCAUUAAGCUCAAUGCUCCUCGCUUUAAUUCCUCUGUUGUAUCUGUCUCCGAUCUUUUCAAGAACAACAAACCCAAAUCAACCACCAAUCUGCUUAUUACGAAAGAGGAAGGUUUGCAGCUCUAUGAAGACAUGGUAUUAGGCAGGUCCUUUGAAGACAUGUGUGCCCAGAUGUAUUAUAGAGGCAAAAUGUUUGGUUUUGUUCACUUGUACAAUGGCCAAGAAGCUGUGUCAACUGGGUUCAUCAACUUUCUCAAGAAAGAAGACUGUGUAGUGAGCACAUACCGGGACCAUGUUCAUGCACUGAGUAAGGGGGUCCCCGCACGUGCUGUAAUGAGUGAGCUCUUUGGGAAGGCCACAGGAUGCUCCCGAGGUCAAGGUGGAUCUAUGCAUAUGUUCUCAAAGGAGCAUAAUUUGAUUGGUGGGUUUGCUUUCAUUGCUGAAGGAAUCCCUGUGGCCACUGGGGCAGCAUUUUCCAGCAAGUAUAGAAGGGAGGUGCUGAAAGAGGCAGAUUGUGAUCAUGUGACAUUGGCGUUUUUUGGAGAUGGAACAUGUAACAAUGGACAGUUCUAUGAAUGCCUAAACAUGGCAGCUUUAUGGAAAUUGCCAAUUGUGUUUGUGGUGGAAAACAAUCUGUGGGCUAUUGGGAUGUCACAUCUCAGGGCAACUUCAGAUCCUCAGAUAUGGAAGAAAGGUCCGGCAUUUGGAAUGCCUGGGGUUCAUGUUGAUGGUAUGGAUGUUUUGAAGGUCCGAGAGGUGGCAAAGGAGGCUAUCGAAAGGGCCAGACGAGGAGAGGGACCAACUUUAGUAGAAUGCGAGACUUAUAGAUUUAGAGGACAUUCAUUGGCUGAUCCUGAUGAGCUUCGUGACCCUGCUGAGAAGGCACAUUAUGCCGGUAGGGAUCCCAUCUCUGCACUGAAGAAAUACAUGAUUGAGAACAAAUUAGCCAGUGAACAAGAGUUGAAGACCAUAGAUAAGAAGAUAGAGGAGGUUGUUGAGGAUGCUGUUGAGUUUGCAGAUGAGAGCCCUCAUCCACCCCGCAGCCAGCUUCUAGAGAAUGUCUUUGCUGAUCCAAAAGGUUUUGGAAUUGGACCUGACGGCAAGUACAGAUGUGAGGACCCAAAAUUCACGGAAGGCACGGCGCAUGUCUAAUGUUUUUUAAGUCUGACAUCAUGCAUCUAUCUGCUUGGAGUUUUCAGUUUUAGAUUCAUGUUCUUUUUCAUAUACUUACUAGAGAUCAAACGUUACAGACAAAAUAUAAGGAGGAUUUGUUCUUUAGGUUGAGUUUUGUUUUUCUUCUAUUAUAUUUAUUAUUAUCCAUGGAACUAGUCAACAAUGACAAUUCCCAAUCCUUCCUUUUAGUUGUCAGUUGUUGCAAAUAUGACAAUCAUCUAUGCUUCUAGUGUACUUCUCUAAUCUAAUUUUUUAGAUGAUUUUGACCUUUCUA